ACUAUUUGACUUAAUUAGAUAGAUAGAUAGAUAGAUAGAAAUACCUAGCAAGGAACCCUAUUAGCGGCAUGUUAUAAUCAUCCAAUUGGCUGUGGUCUUCCUUGGAGCCUGAACUUGAGAAGUGCAUGGGCUUGUUCAUGAUCUAUAUUAUAUUAGGGGAUCAUCAAUUGCAAAGGAUGGUGAGCUCUCAAGUUCCUGAGAUUUUAUUGCAUACCGCACUGUUACAUGUACAACACCCUACUGUCUCUACAUUGUACGUAGUAGCGUACGCCGCCUAGGGACAAUUUCUAGGUGGGAAUUUCCUCCGGACCUCCGUCAGAUCCGCUCAUAGUUACUAUUCCAAAGGCGCUUAUUGGCAAGUGAAAUGGCUAGAAGGGGUCACAACCUACCGGACGAAGAUCCUGAAUUGUCUCGCCUUUUUACACAUCUCUGGCGCUUGGACAGCAACAGGCUUACACCCGGACAAGACUAUGAAAUCAAUCUGCAAGGAGGAACAAAACGUUUCUGGACUCGUGAUCACGCGCGUGAGCCUUUGUUCACUUACGUUACGGACGAGGCAUUACGACGACCCACCUAUAGGAGCUUCAUUGCUCUUCUUGACAACUACGAACGCGAGACGACUGUUCCCGAGACGGUGACUCCCGAAGAAGAACGAGAAAAUUGGACCUUCAUCGAUGCCAUUAUGGAGACUGGACCAAUGAAAGAGGCCCACCGUUUUCUUGCAGGGAAGAAGAAAUCCCCCAGCGAUGAGCAAGGCUUCAAGAGGCAACUAUACGACAUUUGGUUUAAGCUCUACAGGAGAACAAGAGCGUCGGGCUGUCUUGAUUCUUCUGGAUUUGAGCACGUGUUUGUUGGUGAAUGUCGAGGAGGAGAAGGAAGAGGACGAAAUGAAGUGAUUGGAUUUCACAACUGGAUUCAGUAUUAUCAACAAGAAAAGCGUGGCACUGUUGACUACAAAGGCUAUCUUUUGAACAAAGAGCCUGAAGGACCUCACACUCGUCUACUGACCAUACAAUUCAGUUGGAAGAGGGAAACAAAACCCGAAGGCAGCACGUUUGUUGGAACAAGUCCCGAAUUUGAAAUGGCAAUUUACACAGUCCUGUUCUUGUGUGGCCAAAGUGGAGACAACGUGGUGACUGUGGACAAGCAUCGCUGUAACGUCAAAGUGUAUCACCAUGGCAGAAAUCUUGGAACUGCCUUCCCUAUUGAACUGUAGUGGUAUUGGUAGACACUAUUGCAAGAAAUGCGAUAUCAAACUGUGUGUCAAAAUUGUAGCCUCGUGUACCA